GCCUCACACCCACAGCCUACAAGGAGAAGAUGAAGGAGCUGUCCGUGCUGUCACUAAUCUGCUCCUGCUUCUACUCACAGCCUCACCCCAACACCAUCUACCAGUAUGGGGACAUGGAGGUGAAGCAGCUGGACAAGCGAGCUUCUGGUCAGAGCUUUGAGGUCAUCCUCAAGUCACCUUCUGACCUGUCCCCGGAGAGCCCUGUGCUUUCCUCCCCCCCCAAGAGGAAGGAUGCCUCCCUGGAAGAGCUGCAGAAGAGGCUAGAGGCCGCCGAGGAGCGGAGGAAGACUCAGGAGGCACAGGUGCUGAAGCACCUGGCGGAGCGGCGUGAGCACGAGCGCGAGGUGCUGCACAAGGCGCUGGAGGAGAACAACAACUUCAGCCGCCAGGCAGAAGAGAAGCUCAACUACAAGAUGGAGCUCAGCAAGGAGAUCCGCGAGGCGCACCUGGCGGCGCUGCGCGAGCGGCUGCGGGAGAAGGAGCUGCACGCGGCCGAGGUGCGCAGGAACAAGGAGCAGCGGGAGGACAUUUUGACCAUUAUUGCCAUUUAG